CACGACUCACCUUGGGGAAGAAUAACCCGACGAGCAAACAAAGCUCAGCCAGCGCUACUUCUACUUCUACACCGACAACAAAAUGCCCCCCGAGCGACAGCCCACACAGAAACGGCGCAGACUGCCGUUCAAACCCCCAAGCCGGGCCUCUUCAUCCGCACCAACAGCAGCAGCAGCAGCCGCGUCAGCUUCAGCAUCAUCAUCCAAGCCCAGAUCCAAAGCCACCACCACAGCAUCCUCAUCGUCCACCAAACCCAACCCAACACGAAAGAACACCACAACCACAGCACCCUCCUCCAAAGCCCGGCAACCCACCACCACCAAAUCCAAAAACAAACCCACCCUCCCCCCCCCUCCCCCCUCCGACACAGACAACGAACCGUCCGCCUCGGACGACGCAGAAGAGCAAACCCCCAACAACCCACGGCCCAAACGGCGAAGAACAUCCCCCUCUCGCUCAAACUCAAACUCAACCUCCCCCGCGCCAUCCGCUUCCGCUUCCGCCUCCCAAUCUCCUUCCAGCAAAAACAACAACAACAACGAAACCCCCGCCUCCCCCUCCCCCUCCCCGGAACCGGACUACAUCCUCGCAGAGAUCACGCACACCACCGAUCCCGCCGAGGACAUCGUCACGCGCGAGCCCGUCAUCCCCGCCAAGCUGCUGACGCGGCUGCUGCACCACCACUUCCAGCACCCGAAGACCAAGAUGGCCAAGGACGCCAACACGGUCGUCGCCAAGUAUGUGGAUGUGUUUGUGCGGGAGGCGCUGGCGCGGGCCGCGUUCGAGCGCCGCGAGGCCGUCGGCGAGGGGGCCAGUGUGGGGGAUGGGUUUUUGGAGGUUGAGGAUCUCGAGAAGUUGGCGCCGCAGCUUGUUAUGGACUUUUAGGUGGGUUUUUUGUUGGGUAAGGAUGGAGUUUGGGGGUUGAGGUACGGUUUGUUUGUUGCGCUUACGGGUUGUAGGUUUGUGAUGCGAGAUACCUGAUUUGUUUGAUAUCCUUCUGUUGUAGAGAAAUUAGCGAAC